UCACGAAGUCCGCAGCCAGUCGAGUCCAGACAGUCAGUCAGUCAGUCUGUGUAUUGUUGGACACCGGAGAGUGUGCAUUCCGCAGAAGUUGGCUGUCCCAUCAUCAUCAUUCAGAAACUUGUCUGCAAACUUUUGUGGAUUGUUUGAUUUAUAUGAGAGGAGGAGGAGGAGGAUAAGAAGGUGAAGCUCCGGUAAUGGAGAAGCACAAAGUGCUGGAUCAGCUCCUGAUGGAGCUCCACCGCUUCCUGCUCAUCCUGGACAAAGAGAAGCUGAGCGGGAACGCGACUGUCCAAAAGGGCUUGCUCUCCGAUCUCUUCCAGUCCUACAGAACCGCUAAUGGUGCUGAUGAGGAAUACAUCUACAUGAACAAGGUCAUUGUUAGUGACAAGGACAAAGACGACAAAGAUGACAGAUCAAAUUCCCUGGUCAAUGGGAAAGCAGCAAAAUACGUCCCUGUCCCACAGAAGAGCCUUCCUGAACUGCCACCACCAAGAACAGGUAUGGUGUGUCGGGAGCCGUUCCCCUUACCUUCAAUUCCUGCUCCGUCUUCAGACAAUACAGAGAGUUACUAUGAGGAGGCUCAGCCCUAUGAGGAGACUUUGAAUGAUCUGGACUGUUUCGGCCUCAUCUCAGGGCCCUGGAUGCGAGUGCAGAGCUCUGACAGUGUUGUCUAUGCUGUUAUCAGUAGGGAUGAUGGGGAAGCAGUAAGCAGUUCAUAUGAGUCCUACGAUGAGGAGGAAGUGACCAGAGGGAAGUCGCCAUCAGCGCAGCACCAGUGGCCGUCUGCAGAGGCGUCCAUUGAGCUGAUGAAGGACUCACGGAUCUGUGCUUUCCUGUGGAGGAAGAAGUGGCUGGGCCAGUGGGCCAAACAGCUCUGUGUUAUCAAAGAUCAUCGCUUGCUGUGCUAUAAGAGCUCCAAGGAGCAGACACCUCUGCUGGAUGUGAGUCUGCUGGGCUGCACUGUGGUCUACAAGGAGAAGCAGCUGAAGAGAAAAGAGCACAAACUGAAGAUCAUUCCUGUGGGCGGGGAGGCCAUUGUGCUGGGCCUACAAAGCAAGGAGCAGACAGAACUGUGGCUCAGGGUGAUUCAUGAGAUCAGUCCAAAACCAGCUGAAAACUGUGAAUCCCAGCACUCUGUCUCAGACUCCCCGAGGCUCAUUUGUACGAAGGGAGAUCUGAGUGAAAGAUACUCAGUGGCUUCAGAGAGCGGCAGCAGCACUGACAGCCACGCUGAGAUUCCCGAAAUCAAAGAUGUGAAGAAAAAGUAUGGCGCAGGUUUGAAGUUCAGCAACCUCAUGAACAUUGGCAAGAAAAAAACAUCGUCGUUAGAGAGCCCAGAGAAAUGUGUGGACACCUCAGGCUACCUCAACGUGUUGGUGAACAGCCAGUGGCGGACCUGCUGGUGUCUAAUCAAGAACGGCCAGCUGUGGUUUUACCAGGACAAGGGCAAGAACAAAGUGAGCCAGCCAGCUGUGACCCUGGGAGGCUGCAGUGUCUUGCCCGACCCGAGCCCCGAGCACUUGUACUCCUUCAGGAUCGACAUGGACGGCACACAAAUGGCCACACUAGAGGCAAAGACGUCGGCUGACAUGGGACACUGGCUUGGCCUCCUGCUGUCACAGACGGGGACCAAGACCGACCCCGAGGAGCUGACGUACGACUACGUCAAUGCUGAGAGGAUCUCCAGCAUCGUCAGUGCUGCCAAGACUUCCUUUUACUUGAUGCAGAGGAGAUAUUCAGAGUCAAACACCUACAUCGACACCCCACCCUCCAUCUCUCACAACUCUGAUGAGCUAUAUGAUGACGUGGCAUCGUUAGCCGAUCCAGAGGAUGCAGAAGAGAGCGGCCUGCCUGAAAGUGAGGACAACAACCUUCAGGAACAAAAUAAAAGCUGCUCACAGGAAAACAAGGACUCAGAGCAGGACACUGAAACAAGGGUUUACCUGGACCUGAUCCCUGUGCGCUCCUUCCUCCACACGUCCUGUGCAAAUAAACCUUCACCUGCCAAAGAAACUUCUGCACAUUCUCCAGUCACAGAAGAACAAAAGGAGCAAUCAUCUCAACAUAAAGAGGUAACGUCUUCAGACAGUACUGAGCCGGAGUCAAUGCCAGAAUUAAAUGGAACAAGUUCAGCUACCAGCAAACCAGAACAAGAGCCCCCCCUGAUUCCAAUUCCCCCACAGCCACAAACUCAACCUGUCAGGACCUCGUCCCAAAGUCAGGAGACCCCCAAAAGGACCCUGGGGAUCCCACAGGUCUUCAACUCCUCCUCCUCCUCCUCCUCCUCCACUGGGGUGCAAAUCCAUAAUAAAACUCCAGUGGUUCAGACUGGUACCGGGUUCCCUCAGAGUCCUCAACCACUGCGGCCCAAAUCACAUACUAUAGGGUGUACUGGUGCAUUCGAAGUCAGACUGGGCAAGAACCGCACUGAGGCAGACUUGCGCCGUUACAUCGAUGACCGUGACCGCCUGGAGAAAGAGAGGGAGGAGGUGAAGAGCAGUCUGGCCAACCUGAAGAAGCAAAGGAGGGAAACCAAAGACGAGCUCACUGCCUGCCAAGAUCCCAAGAAGCAGGCCUCAUUAGAAGCCUGUCUGAAGCAGAGAGAAGAGGCGUGUCGGGAGGCGGAGCAUCGUCGAGUAGAGGUGGAGCUACGGUUGAUGGAGGUUAAAGAAUGUUUGAAGAAGGUGGAGUCAGGGCCGUUCACACUGGGAACCACGCUGGACAGCAGCCUGCAGGACACGCCUACACCUAAAGCAGCAACCCUGCCUGCUUCUCAAACAUCAGCAGCAGCAGCAGCAGCAGCAGCAGCAGCAGCAGCAGCAGCAUCACAUCCCCCAAACAGUCACAUCAGUGCAGACUCCACCUCCCCCGUCAACUCUGCAUCAGCGCUCAAGAACAGACCGGCCUCCAUCAUGGCCACCAAAGGCAAAGUCCUACAGAAAGCAAUGGAGUGGGAGAAGAAAACCACCAACUAGAGGAAACCCAAACGCCUUUUGACCUCUGAAGUCCACAAGUUUCUCUUUAGGUGUGGUUGACCUUCCACAAUUGCCGACUUUAAGGACCCGUCAGUAAAAUUAUCUGACUUUCAUCACCUUAAUCACCUUCUUGCCCAGACUACAAACAGCCAAUCAGAGUGAAGCACGAGCCGUCUUCUAAAAUAUUACUGGAUAAUCUUUGUUUCAAUGACUUUUCAACUUGUUUUCUGCAUUUGCUUAAGAGAGGAUGUUGAUGAAGUAGCAUUUUGGCCAGUUUGACAAUUCUUCCUGAUAAUGAAGCACAAAACGCCAAGCAUCUGAUAACCACUGAAGUUUAAGACACAAAACCACCCCUCGACAAAAUAGGCCAAUUUGUGCACCAUAGAUUGUAGCUUGGUUUAUAUAUGCUGGUAGCCAAGAUGUAAAUAUAUUUACACCAUUAUUCAGCCCGUUGGCUUGUAUUGCUAGCUAAACAUGCACUUUUUAUUCAAAUAAAAAUGUAAUGACAACAUAA